AUGCCGAGACUUGUCUCUGAUUUCGUCCGCCACGUGGUCGCGAAGUGGAAGAAUCUAAUGGGUGGUUCUGUUAGUACGACAUGGGAGACAGAGAUAGAGCAGGAGGCUCGAACUGGCUGGGACAACGACACUAAUUCUGACUGGGAGGCAUCGACUGAGCAGGAGAUGGGCACAGGCUGGGACAGCCAUGCUGCACCUCUACCUGACGAAGAUGAGGUCUCUAGAGAAACCAACAGGCGCGACUCGGGCUACGCCUCGGUUGGAGAUACACCCUCGAAACCAUUGGGAGAGGACCACUUUACCACAACCUCCCCGAGUGAAACCAAGUACUCGCAACUCCCAUUCAAGACGAAACACUACCUCCUGACCUACAUCCAGACAAUCCUGGAAGACACCUGCCUCAGAUAUGCGCGGGAGAACCUUAGCGAAUUCCUCGGGGAUCCAGAAUGGAAGAAAAAAAGACUUCUAUUCCCAUCCAAGGAGUACGCAGACGACAGGCUGGCUCGCAGAGACUGGCUCGCCGAGGACGAAAUCGAGCUGGAAUCCUGGAUGCAGAUGUUCGCACGCUGCGUCCGCAUGCCGAAGAGCAAGCGCAUCUUCGAAUCCGUCAUGGACCUGCGGAACGCGGCCGUCCACCGCGGCGAUCGCGAAGAGCUCGGCUUCACCGAACUGUCUUACGCCAUGGCAUUCCCAGCACUGCUUGGUGACAAGAAGGCAGAGUCGGACAUCACCAACGCCUUCAGAUUCGUCAUGGAUGAUCCGACGCUGGACCAAGCCACCAAAGCGGCCGUCGAAGAGGCGAUGUUCACCCCGCGGCCAUGCACGACGCACUACCGGGUCCUAUCCCGCAUCCAGACCCUCCUCGAACAAACCUGCUUCACCACCGCCACCCGCACCAUUCCGCACGUCCUGUCCGCAAACGGCUGGGCCAUCCCCGAGCAAGUCGAGCUCCAGAACUGGCAGGCCGUCUUCCAACGCGCCGCCGUCCAGCACGCCGAACCCGCGUCCGACGUCUUCCCCCCAGGCGUCCUGUACCCGCGCGCCCUCGGCGACCUCCUCUGGCGCGCCCGCUUCGGCAUCCGCAUCGUCGCCGCGCACCGCCUCCCGCUCUCGACGGACGGCCUCGUCAAGCAGGUCCACGUCGCGAUCGCCAUCUGCGUCUUGCAGGACGAUUGGCACCGGGCGCUCGAGAUCGAGGUGCUGGCGGAGAUGUUCGUCACGAAGCGGUCCCGGGCGCAGGUGCUGGAGAGGUUGGGGACGGUGUGGAGGAGUGGCGGAGUCGGAAAUCCGUAUGAGUGGAGGAGACGGGUGGAAAUUGCGGGGUUUUUGGAGAGGGAGGAGGGGAGGGUGAUUCGUGAGGGGGAGGCGUUGGUCGUGAGUGAUACGUUUGAUGUGGGGGUGUGGGAUUUGGAAGUCCCUUGGGCUGAGAUGAUGUGGAGUCCGAGUAUGCAUGAGUGUUUGAAGAGGGUGGAGGAGUUGUAG